AUGUCCAGCCAAACUUUCAACAUUGCCGUACAAGGUUCUGCCACUUCUGAUCACAACUACACUUCGGCUUCCACUUCCACUCCUCAAACAUCCGCCAUCGAACAAUCUCGUCUCUCGUCUAACCGCAUUCAAACCUUUCUCAAACACCCUCAUCACUCAACCACUUAUGUAUCAUCCACCCAAACCUAUAAUGACCAAGCAUCAGUCAUACAACACUAUACAACAGCUGCUGCCAAAAGCAUCCAAAACCCACAAGAAACUAACGCGGUUAACGAAUCCUCCUUGCCCACCCUUGUUCUUUCCGGUAUUCCUAGGCGUGCGUGA